UAUCGGGUUUCGGGUAACCCGUGACAUCCCUGCUGUAGGGGUUCCUUGACCAUGCUUUAAAAAAUUUUCCUUACCUUUUUGCUUGAUCGAACCAAACUUGGGCAAAUUUGUGGACAAAAAUAAAUUUGUAGACAAGGGAUGUUACCGUCAUAAAAAAUAAAUUCCCGUUUUCGGGAGUUGGGAAUUCUCUACCUAAAAUACGUCAAGAAUUUUUUGGAACGUCUGAAAUUCUUAAACGAUUACGGGUUUUAUAAAUAAAUUUUUUAGUUUUUGUGGGUUAGUUUUUUUUAGUUUUUUGAAGUCAAGGUCUGUAUUUUUUUUCGUUAGGAACCGUGACGGCAGGAUCCCCAACCUCCCUAUUAACCUCUCAAAAAUUAAAGUCUUUAUGUCUGGAAUGGGUGAGGGGAUCCUUAUAUUUCAUUUUUUAAGAGAAUUUAACUUAUAAAAUUAAAAUUUCUUUUUUUAGCAAUCAGAAGAAAAUACUUUACAACUUCGCCGUGUUUUGAACGAAACAAACAGAGCCUGUAAAGAUUUGGAAGUUCAAAAACAAUGGGAUGAAGAGACAGCUUUAGCAGCCAUUACUAAAGGUCAACAAUCUCCAAGAUUUUCUCUUUCUGAAUUGAGGGAUGUCCUUCAAGAGAAAAAUGCUUUAAAAGUUAAAGUUUUGGAAUUGGAAGAAAAAAUGGAACAAAUACGGGCUUCGUCGCCUGGGGGAGAAAUUGAAAGUAAUAGAGGAACGCCUUCUCCAAAUAUGAGUUUGUCUUCUACGUCACUUUCCAAACAACUUGAAGAGUCUCAAUUACAACACGAGAAGAAGGAUAAUAUUCAAUCUCCACAAACAUCACCACCUCAAAAACGGAAAGAAACUGAAAACAGCGAAGAAUGUCUUGUUUUUGGGCCAAUAAAUCGCGAACCUGAUGAAAAAUUGCAUCCUUGGAAAUAUGAGCGUAUGAACAGUGGAGUUCGUCGAUUUUUUCGUUUAUUUGCUUCUAUCAGUUCAACAAAUUUGUCUCCUCGUCGUCCAUCUGGGGCAAAAUGA